AUGCAAGUUAAAAGCUCAGAACUACAAGGAACUUAUGAUGAUGAUGUUGGGGCAAUAGAGGUUAUCCAACUUAAAAGCUCGGAACUACAGGGUGGUAAUGAUGAUGAUGUUGGGGCAAUGGUGGUUAUGCAACUCAAAAGCUCGGAACUACAGGGUGCUAAUGAUGAUGAUGUUGGGGCAGUGGAGGUUAUGCAAGUUAAAAGCUCAGAACUACAGCGUGCUAAUGAUGAUGAUGUUGGGGCAGUAGAGGUUAUGCAACUUAAAAGCUCGGAACUACAGGGUGCUAAUGAUGAUGAUGUUGGGGCAGUGGAGGGUGCUAAUGAUGAUGAUGUUGGGGCAGUAGAGGGUGCUAAUGAUGAUGAUGUUGGGGCAGUAGAGGGGCCCUCUCCUCGGACUGAUACAAACCACGGAUUCAAAAAAUGUGUUGUAGAGGUCCUAAAAUCCGCGAUUGAAUUCAAGGUCCUAAAAUCCGCGAUUGAAUUCAGUAAGUGUAAAAAAAGUUCCUCGUUGCACAAUAUUGAUCUUGAAAAUGAGUCUUCUCAUGAGAUUGAUACAAACCACAAAUUCAUAAGAAGUGUUACAGAGCUCCGAGAAGCCGGGAUUAAAUUCGAGAAGACUAAAUGUUCCUCAUUGCUUGACGUUAAAUUUGAAAAUGGUAUCAUUAAAAUCCCUCCCCUUCUAGUUGAUGAUAAUACAGAGUGGCUAUUCAGAAAUCUGAUUGCUUAUGAGCAAUACAGUGGAAAAACUGGAAAAACUUAUAUGACCGACUAUAUGAAUUUUAUGGAUUGCCUCCUCAGUUCCCCUAAGGAUGUCGAAAUACUUCGCCACUCUGGAAUUAUUGAUAAUUGGUUAGGUGAUGAUAAAGUUGUUUCUACCAUGUUUAACAAAAUGGGCAAUCACGUCGUGGUCUGUGUAAAUCCUAAAAAUUUCUAUUAUGGGAAAGUGUUCAAGGAGGUUAACAAGUAUUGCAAGCAUCGUCGUCAUGGAUGGAUGGCCUUUUUAAGGUAUAAUUAUUGCAACAGCCCGUGGUCUAUUCUUUCAGUUAUUGUGGCUACUGUGUUUCUACUACUCACUGUGAUACAAACUGGAUGUUCUAUCUUACAAGUCUAG